CCCUGAGCUUUCAUUUCGUACCCAAUUUGUUUCAUACUUUGCUGUGAAUCAAAAUAUUUUGCCUUGGAAAGAUUCCGAGCUGAUUUCGCUCUUGAACAGGAAAAUAAUAGUCAAACUGGUUGGUAACAUAUUAUUGGGCGUAUGCAGUGCGAUGCGUGUAUUGAGUUAACACUGCUGUGUGUAUCCGACACACUGGAUCGUAGGGCAUCAAAUACGUGUGGAGCGCGCGAAUGAUUCUUUUUUGUCCAGCCUGAAAUCUCUCUCAGAACAAUAAGGUACGAAACACUGGCAAGUUUAUUCUUAUAAAACCCAAUGUUUAAGGAUCUGUUGAUCUAAUAGGACUCGUGAAUACUCGGUUUUCAUGUAUCUUGUGAUAGUUUCUUGAUAUUGGAAAGAUGGGGCAACAUAUUUCCUCUUCAUCCUAAAUAUUUUUGACGGGGAUCCGGAGUCGGCUCAAGUUGUCACGUCAUUAACUUCAUACGUAAGUUACCGUACCGUGCAUUGGCUAUACGUCUACAUCUUAUAGCACAUAACCAGGUUAAUAAACUACGAGAAUCUCGUGCGCCGCACGGACAUAGGAGUUUCCAAUCGCCCUAAACUCUCGCAAACUGAUUGAUGAGGAUGAUCUGAGUUGAGGCCAAACCUAGCAAGGAGCCACCAUGUUGGAGGUUGUAGCAGAAGGCAUCAAGGCUCCGUCGGGCCUGGAGUUCAGACAGUCACAGAUGGAACCAACUCUAGUUGGAGUUUGGGCCAAAAGGUCGGUGAGGAAGGGGCGAACGUUUGGGCCCUUCAUCGGUGAGAGGAGAGACUGCAGUGAUGUAUUGGACGAUACUUAUUCAUGGGAGAUCCGAGGGCCCAAAGGAGUAAGGCUUUACAGUGUCGAUGCCUCGGAACCGACUAAAGCAAACUGGAUGAGAUAUGUAAAGAGUGCGCGGAGCUUUGAAGAACAGAACAUGAUUGCCACACAGUACAAGAGGAGCAUCUACUACAGAACGCUAAGGCCCAUCGCCGUGGGAGAAGAACUAAUGUGCUGGUAUAAGAACCUCUCCCCCACGACGACGGAGUCCCUGGAGACGGAGGAGACGGAGGAGAGUGACGGCGCCCUCAACACCUCAGAAGAAAGCAUCACAAGCGCAAAGUCUGAUGGGAAAUCAGAGGGUGACAGCUUUGAUAGACAGAUGCCAAUCUUGGAGAAAAUGGAGACAUCAGAGAUUGUCCCCUCCCAGCUGGAUACCAGCAUGUCCACUGAGUCCGAGAACAGGGCCAAGGUACCUGCCCAUCUAGAGGUCAUGGGUCACGGUGAGAUGGACGAUAAGGUUGCGGAACCACCCCUCAUCUCGCCCAUCUACCCCUCCAACAGCCAGCACUCGGCUAAUUUCUCCUCCAUAACAGCUGGUGUGGACAUUGGUGGCGUUGGAGAGAGCAACAUCCAGAUCCAAGAACCAGACAUCUCGUCUAGUGAUGCCACCUCCCACUACAUGGCAAGUUCUGAAGACACCAUGGAAGGCCAUGUGGACUCCACCUCAAUCACGGAGUCCAAAGACAAGGGGAAAAGCAGUGGUGGUAAAAAGAAGAGCAAAGCGGAAUUGAAACGCCAGUUAAAGGCUCAGGGUGGUGCGCCAAAGAAGAGAACAAGGGUUGGACAAAAGUCUGUGAAAGCACCAAAAUUAGAGGGAACUCCGCGUUCGAUGGAUGGAGAUUUAGAGAUUCCAGUCGAUGAAAAUGGGAUUACUACAGCAGUGAUUGGACCCGACUGCGUAGUGACUUUUCCUGAUGGAAGCGAAGAGUUUGGUUGUCAGUUUUGCCCCAAGAGAUGUCGUUUCCCCAACGGCCUCAAGUUGCAUCUUAUGCUGAAGCACCACAUUAAGAAAAUCACCGUCGAAGGGGUUAAUACAAGGAAGUGGGGGAAAGGAUUAGGGCCUGAUGACAUCAAGAACAGAAAGAAAGCAAAGGUGAAGAAACCUGAAAAUGAGGUGAAAGUUGAACAGAAAAUUCAGGGACCUGUUGAUGAAGGAAAGGCUCUUCAAGAGGAUGCAAAGAAACCUCCAGUCUCAUCGCCUGCGAAGAAAAGUCCAAAGAACACCAAAAAGGGACUGUUCAAAUGUGACUUGUGCAACAGGACAUUUAUGUAUGCAACAUGGAGGGAGAAACACCUGUUGAGGCACAAAGCGGAAGAGAGUAAGGAAACGUUCCUCUGUUCUGAUUGUCCAAGGAGAUUUGUGACAGGUGGAGACUUGACAAAGCAUAAGCUAACCCACAGAUCAAAGCCUCAGGAACCGACUACAGAAAGCAAAUCGGAGGUAAACGUUCCUGUUCAUGCUCAAGAAAGUGCUCUGGAACUCAAGACAAAAAGUCAAGAGAAUGAAAUUGCCAAUGGUGUUGCCUCGGAGACCUCUAAGGCUCAAGUAAUGAAGAGUCCAGCCCAGGAUGUUCACUCCUCCAUGAUGAGCUCCUCUGAAAGUGCCGACGGGAUAGACAAAGGAAUGUCUGAUGAACAGGAUCUCGCGAGGAGGCGGACCAUCACCAGCAGAAAAGGGGCGCUGAAGAAGGUGGCUUCGUGCAAAAUCUGUGGUAUCGAAUUUGUGUCCUCUUCAAACCUCCAUCGGCAUCUCCGGAAGAGGCAUGGAAUGAAUCUUGUGAAGAAGCCAGGACCAAAGUCAUCAGGGGAGAGUGAUGUUGGCAAGACGGAGGGUAGUGGUGAUGAGGGGAAGGAACCGACAACCAGUGUGAAGACGGAGAUUGUUAGUAAGCCUCUUACACAGGAAAGCUUGUUAAAUGUGCCCAAAGUGAAUCCCACACAAACGAAGGGCCACAUGAAGACGAUGGCCAAUAUGACAAGGAUGAUCCGGAGGAAACAUGCAACUGCAGUUCUUCAGAGCAUGAUGAAAGAAAAGAAGCUAGGUGGAGAAGAUAUGGUAGGUGACCAGAGCAAAAUAAGAGCCAAACUUCAUGCUGCACUAAGACAUGGAAAGAAUGCCAAACGAAAGCAAGGUUUCAAGAGAAUUGAACAAGUGGCUUCCCUCACUGGCAAGCAGUAUCCGACAGAGAUGCCAAACCAAAUUUGUCCCUGGCAGAACAAUGUGAAACCACAGCCCUUCGUCCCUAAGAAACCACCCACUCCACAGAGUGAUCUCUUGAGCCCAGGACCUUCUUCAAGCAAUGUUGAAGUCCUGGACCUGAGAGUGAAGAAGCCUAGGACAGACGGCUCCCAGAAGCAGAAUCCGAUCAUGUAUGUCUCUGGAGAUUCAUCACAACCCUUGGACCUGUCGUGCCAUUCUCGUCCAGUGGUGCAAGUCCCCAAGUACAAGGUUACUCGAAGGCCACCUCCUAAAUCUCCGUUAGCAUCUGCCCCUCCUACUUGUAGCACUCAUCCAGAGGUCAAGACAAUAACCAGGUUUAAUAUAACCUCUCGCAUGAAGUCAACAGGUUGGAAAUCCUCUACUUUGACCACUCCUGUGGAAUCUGCAGAUCUUGAGAGGCCAACCAAGUUCUCAGUCCUGGAUGCAGCCAUCACGUGCAAUGUAUGUGAGCUUCCUUUUGAUUCCAUGAAGCUCCUCACCCAGCAUGUCGUAGCCCAUGCGGAGGACUUUCCUUACAAGUGUGAGUUCUGUGUGAAGCUCUUUGAGACGACGGACAUGUUGGCAUCUCAUAGGUACGACCUACACAGAGUCGGCAAGAUGUACUGUUGCUCUGAGUGCCAGCAAGAGUUUGCCUACCUUUCGAACCUCAAGCAGCACCAGGUAGAUAUUCAUUCAGAUCAUUUGUGUUCUUACACAGAGCGGGGGCCUGAGGAAAUCAGACCACAGAACUUCACUGACCCUACAAAGGCCAUACAGACACCACCCAUCCUACCAGAGCCUAGAGAAAGGAUAUCACUCAUCGCUCAUGAAAUGAGCAAGGUGAGUCCUUCCAAGUUUGGCCGCUUCAGCUCGACCCAAACUCCUGAAACCAAAUCCUCACCCCGGAAGAAAUCUAAGAAAAAGAAGGAUGUUCCAUGCAAUCCUCAGAGACAUCAUCCAUUCGCAUAUGCUCGAGAGAUCGGUUACUUAAGUUCACUACCAGAUGGCAGUGCGUCCAGUGGCAAGAGUAUCAGCCACUUUGAAAUGGCAACAAACAACCGCUGCACCAAAUGCGCCAAAGUGUUUUCUAGUACUGCUGACUUGCAUGUACACAUCAUGGAGUGUGCUGCUGCUAAUGCACCAUCUACUGGGAAGCCUAAGACACCCCUAAAGACCCCUGUGAAGACUCCUGUCAAGGCUGCUGAUAAGAAGAAGCUGACACUGGAGGAAAAUAAGCAAAAGAAUGCUAAGGCCAGGAGAAUCAGGAUCCAAGCUGCCAAGAGGAGCAGAAACAGAGCCCUCCAGAAAGCCAGUGAGAGUGAAGAGAGUGAUGCGGCCCAGAAGCGUAAGAGAGCUCGGCCUGGACUCAAGAUGUACAACCCACUCAAUCACACCAGGAGAAGAGCCAGUGCAAAUAUUGUUGAUGUGCAUGCCUGUCUAGGCUGUGGGAAACAGUUCCACUUUAUCAAUGGUCUGGAGAGGCAUAUGAAGUUGUGUCCAAAUAAGGACAAGCUCUUUAACAAGAACACUAAUCCGUACUAUGCUCCCCGUAACAUGAACCAUCAAUGUGCCUACUGUGCUCGCCAGUUUGUCUACCUCAGAAGCCUCAAGAAGCACAUCUCCAGCUGUCCCACCAGGCCUAAAGAUGCUCCCACCUCAGUACCAUCCCUGAUUGUUUCCUUGGCUGCAGCAGCAUCAUUAGCAGUGCCUGUAACAGUUUCUGCUGCAUCGCUACCAUGUACAACGGUUACCUCUUCGGCUUUGGCCUCCGCACCACUUCCUGCUGCAAUUCCUGGCGGUGCAAUGAAAGCCAAGAACAACAGCCCAAAGAAGGCUUCCACUCCUGAGGGUACAUCAGAAGUUCUGAAGGAUACUGCUUCUCUUGAAGGGACCAUUACAGAGAAUGCUAACUUGAUCAAGGGUGAGGUGCAAGGUGUUGUCUCGACUGCAGGUGGUGAAUCGUCCGUCUCUGGAACUCCAAGGAAAGCAAGGAGACGGAGGAGGAGAUUGGAUCCAUACGGCAAGAAGAAGAAACGAUCCGGUUCACCAAGGUCAAGUCAAAAGGUGGAGAUGCAGGCAGAGGCAGAGGACGAAGAUGAAGAAGAAGAUGAAUAUGAGGAAGAUGGAGAGGAAGAAGAGGAGAAAGAGAUGGAACAUGAGGAUAUUGGAAGCAAUAAGGAGACAGCAACCAUUGGACAGGUAGAAGAUAAAGGAAAGAGGGAAAUAGACAAUAUUACGGAUGUGAAAGAAGAGAAGGACAGGGAUUCCAAAAAGCCAGAAAAACUUAAUACAGAUUUGAAAGAAGGAAAGGACGUCAAAGAUGAAGAGAAGCUGGAAGAAAAUAAUAGGAUCGAUGAGGCAAAGCAGGAUAAUGUCGAAAAUGAAGAGGAAAACGGUGCAGUCCAGAAAACAGAGACAAUUGAAGUGAAAGAAAGGACACAUGUGGACAAUUGCACAGAGCUUAAAGAAGCCGAAAAAGCCAAAGACAAACAUGUAGAAAAGGAAGGCAGUUGCAUUUCCUCUGAUUUAACAACAAGCGUCGGCUGCAAGAAUGACAAUGAGAUGGCUAGUACCACUGAAGUUUCGCCAAGUAAAGUAGAGCAGAAUAAAAACUCUAAGCUUCUGAAAGAAGAUGAGAAAGCUGAGGGCAACAAAGAAGAAAAUGAAGGGAAAAUAGAAAUAGGUGGAGAAAGCAGAUAAAACCAGCAAAGUUGAGACAUUGACGAAGCUAUAUUAUUUGGAGAAAAUACCUAGACCUUAAAGGGUCACACUUGUCAGGGAAUGAAUGUAGAAUAGUUGUUUAAAUAGUACUACACAGAAAUUGUUUGCAGUACAGACUAGACACUUUUUUGAAUUGAUUUGAAAUAGUGAAGGUGACUGUAUUUAAGAAAAGCUCAUUUGCCAUGGAUUGGCUCAAUAUUUUCACAUAAAGACUGUGAAGUACUGGCAACUGCAUUGUGAGAGAGCCUGUAAAGAACUUAUUGGUAAUGGUUGAAAAACAAAGGAAAUGGAAAUGGAAAUUUGUUUUUUUUUUUCUUUGGUUACGGAAUCGCUAAAAUAAGAUAGAAUGGUAUUAAUGGCUUAAAAUAACCAGGAGUGAAGAGCAUAGCAUAUUGGUUUAGGUGUAUGGUACCACACACAUAUAAGGUAUGACAUGUACUCAAAAGUUGUUAACAAUUCAUGGGCCCCAAUCAAUUGCAAGUUGCAGUCCCCUAUGUUUUGUAGUUGUAGUUGCGAUCAAUAUUGACUAUUUAUUUUGAGACAGGAGGCCCUGGUCAUGUUUGAAAUGUAACAUUUGAAGAGCAAACGUUGUCAUGUUCCAUUGAUGCUAUGGUAAUAUUCCACAUUGGAAUAGCAUAAUGAGAUAGCUCAUAGAGAUUCGUUUCACUUUUACCAGAACUCAACCUUCUCUUUCCGAUUUGGACGAUGCAUCAUCUGUGGCUUUUCUUUCACCCCUGUAAUGUCACAGAGUCGAUCAUACCAACCUUUGUAUUCAAUUAUGUAGAAGGUAGUGGAGUUAGCAGCCUCUUUAAAAGUCUUGUUCACACCUGGGACCCGUUUCACAAAGCCUUUUUUCAAUGACAAAUGACAAAUAUCAGUGACAAAUCUGCUGACAACCAAUCAGAAUCAAGGAUUUCAGUAGCUUAUAACAACAACUGUCAUUUGUCACUGAUGACUAGUUUUGUGAAACACCCCCCUGGUAUUGUAAACCUCCUUUAAAAAAGUACAGCAGAAAAUCCCCCUCUUCUUGAAAACAAGAAAACGCUGAGUGGAACAAGUGCCUCUCCAAGUUGGCAUACUCCCUAUCUGUAUUUAAGAUUUAGAAAUGUGAAGCAUACUUCGCGUAAGGACAUUCCGCAGUACUUUUGGUGCGCACCUUAACUGCACAGGGCCUUCUAGUCGUGUUUUCACUAUGCCCGAGUCCUUGGUAUUGUGCAAAGUAAUUACAUGAUCAGCUGGGCCUGUGUAGCUAAUACAUGCACAAAUACUACUGAGGAGUGUCCUUCAGUAAUCAUAUAUUUUGCCAUGUCACGUCUUUGAAGCGAUUAACAAUGUCCGGUGUGAACAAGGUCUAUAGGACUAUCUCCAAAUUGUACAGUACUAUUCAUUGGCUCUUACGAAUGCUCGCCUCUUUACUAACA